AUGAAGCUCUCCACUGUCGCAAUCCCAGUCGCUUUGACUUUGUUAUCCAGAGCGGUUAACGCUGAAGAAUCUUCUGAUGUUGAACAUCCAGAGUUCACUCCAUUUGACAAGUCACUCUUAAGCUCAGAUUCAUUCUUUGAACAAUUCGAUUCAGAUGACUGGGCCAAUUUAUGGAAAAUUUCAAAGGCUAAAAGAGAUGAGGAAUUCACUUAUAAUGGUGAAUGGAAAGUUGAAGAACCAACUAUUUUCCCAGGUUUCAACAAUGAUAAAGGUUUAGUCUUGAAGACUCCAGCUGCUCAUCAUGCUAUCCAUGCUGGCUUACCAAAACCUUUCGAUAACAAAGACAACACUUUGGUUUUACAAUAUGAAGUCAAAUUACAAGAAGGUUUAAAAUGUGGUGGUGCUUAUAUCAAAUUAUUAUCUGCUGAAGGUGGUCCAGACGCUAACAAUGAAUUCAAUAAUGAUUCUCCUUACCAAGUCAUGUUUGGUCCUGAUAAAUGUGGUACCACUAAUAAAGUUCAUUUCAUCAUUCGUCGUAAAGAUUUAAAUACUGGGGAAUAUGAAGAAAAACAUUUAGCAGUUCCACCAUUAUCAAGAGGUGUUAAAACUACAACUUUAUAUACACUAAUUAUAACUCCUGAACAAGAUUUUGAAAUCAGAAUCAAUGGUGAUGUUGCUAAAGCUGGUAACUUAUUAGAUGAUGAUAUGUUAGUUCCAGGUUUAAACCCACCAAAAGAAGUUGAUGAUGAAAAUGAUACUAAACCUGAAGAUUGGGAUGAUAAAGCUUACAUCCCAGAUCCUGAAGAAACAGAAAAACCUGAAGAUUGGAAUGAAGAUGCUCCUUACUUAAUUGCCGACCCAGAUGCUGUUAAACCAGAAAGUUGGGAUGAAGAUGCUGAAGAAUAUAUUGUUGAUCCAGAAGCUUCAAAACCUGAAGAUUGGGAUGAUGAAGAAGAUGGUGAAUGGAUUGCUCCAUUAAUUCCAAACCCUGAAUGUGCAGAUCAUGGUUGUGGUAAAUGGGAACCAGAACAAAUUCCAAACCCUGACUAUAAAGGUAAAUGGAAACAACCAAUCAUUGAAAAUCCAAACUAUAAAGGUGAAUGGAGUCCAAAGAAAGUUCCAAAUCCAAACUAUUAUGAAGAUUUAUCUCCAUCGGACCUUGAACCAAUUGGUGCCUUAGGUUUCGAAUUAUGGGCAAUUGAAAAUAAUAUUUUGUUUGAUAAUAUUUAUUUAGGACAUUCUAUUGAAGAAGCUGAAUUAAUUGGUAAUAAAACUUUCAAACCAAAGUUUGAAAUUGAACAACAAGAAGUUUUGGCUUUAUCACCAAAGGCUAAAGAUGCUGAUAAACCUGAUUCAAACUUGUUGAAUAAUGAUGAAGAUGAAGACGACGAUGAUUUAAUUUCAAAAGCUACAGUUUUCGUUCAAGCUUUCAUCUCUGAUGCUCUUGAUUAUGUUAAUGAAUUCUUUGCUGAUCCAUUAAAUACUUUAAGCUCAAAACCUUUUGAGGCUGGUCUAUAUUCAACUGUUUUUGUUCUAUUUUCAAGCGUUGUUUUAGGUUUAUGGUCAUUCAUUCUUUCCUUGAUAACUGGUUCAAGCUCUGAAACAAUUUCACCAAUCAACGAAGCUAAACAACCAGCUAAACAGCCAAUUGUGUCUGAAAAAAUUGAAGUUGUUGAUGAGAAUGAGGAAACAACAUCUGGUGCAGCAAAAGCUGAAACAAAAGCCACCAAACGU